AGGAGAAUCACAAGCCAAGCCACUUGGGUUUCUUCCUCUCCUACAUCUUCUCCUUCCUCUUCAAUUGUUAACUCAAACAAUGGAGAGUCAACUAUUCAACCGUUGCAAGCCAUAUAUUGCCAUGAUUUCUCUCCAAUUUGGCUAUGCCGGCAUGAACAUAAUCACCAAAGUGUCUCUUAAUCAUGGAAUGAGCCACUAUGUUCUUGUUGUAUAUAGGCAUGCCUUUGCUACCUUAUCCAUUGCUCCAUUUGCCCUCAUUCUUGAGAGGAAAGUGCGACCGAAGAUAACAGUCCCGCUUUUCAUGCAAAUAUUCGUACUUGGCCUACUCGGGCCUGUCAUAGACCAGAACUUCUAUUAUGCAGGACUGAAGCUCACAUCUCCUACCUUCUCUUGUGCCAUGAGCAACAUUUUGCCUGCUAUGACCUUUGUAAUGGCCGUCAUAUUCAGGAUGGAGAAGAUAAAUAUCAAGAAAGUGAUAUAUCAAGCUAAGGUAGUAGGAACGGUAGUAACAGUGGCUGGGGCAAUGUUGAUGACUCUAUACAAGGGGCCUUUAGUAGAAUUGGUUUGGACUAAGCAUGCUCAUGCUCAUCAAGCAGCGUUGCCCAUUUCUAGUAGCUCUGCAGAUAAAGACUGGUUCUUAGGCUGCAUCUGCCUCAUUGUAGCUACUCUAGCUUGGGCUUCUCUCUUUAUUCUACAGACUCACACACUGAAGUCAUUCUCCUCUGCUCCACUCUCCCUUACUUCUCUGAUUUGCUUUAUGGGCACUCUUCAAGCAACUGCAGUCACUCUUGUCAUGGAGCACAAGCCAUCAGUUUGGAAAAUUGGCUUUGAUAUGAAUCUCCUUGCUGCUGCCUAUGCUGGAAUUGUGACGUCAAGUAUUGCCUACUAUGUCCAAGGACUAGUAAUACAACAAAGAGGGCCAGUCUUUGCUUCUGCUUUCAGCCCUCUAAUGAUGAUCAUAGUUGCCAUCAUGGGCUCCUUCAUCCUUUCUGAAAAUAUGUAUUUAGGAGGCAUUCUAGGAUCCAUCUUGAUUGUUGGUGGACUAUACUCAGUUCUCUGGGGGAAAUACAGAGAGGAUAAGGAGAAGAAAGAGAUGGAAAGAAUGGUUCUUCCCUUAGCACUGAAGAUUAUGGAUAUCGUGGAGGUCGAUGAGGUUGAACUAGAGAAGAUAAAAGCUAAUAACAAGAUAUCUUCAUCAAUGGAGCAGGGAGUUAUCAAAAUUAUUGCUCCAAAGCCAGAGAUUUAGAAAUUUGUAGCGUUGGUUUGAAGUGCAAAGGGAGGGAGGGAGAAUGAUGUAAUGUGGUUACAGAGGGCUAAUUAAGGAGUAGAGGUUUUUUCCUUGUUUAAUCUCAACUUCUUUCUUCUUUUUUUACCCUUCCUCCCGUAAUGUAGUUUGUAAUACUUUUCUUAUGGAACAAGUAAGAACGGAGAGUUUGUGACCUCUCUCAAUCAUAAAAUUUU